AUGGAAGAUGUCUUGUUGUGUGAGUGUUGGGUCCAAAUUAGUCAUGAUCCCAUAUUGGGUAAUGAGAUGAAAUUCAGUCAAAUAUGGAAAAAAAUUCUUCACGAAUUUGUUGAAAGAUCGGGUUCCACCCGUACGGAAAGCGCAUUGUCAAGUGAGUGGAAACUUCUCAACAAAGAGUUGGGGAAAUGGAGAGAUGCCCUCACAAAAGUGAUGAAUAACCAUGCAAGCGGGGAAAAUCUCAGCGAUGAGAUUGUGCAAGCUCAAAUGUGGUAUGGUGCUACUGGACAAGGGAAAAAAAAUUUCAACCAUACCCAAUGUUGGGAGGUGGUGAAGCAUUGUAAGAGAUUUAGCAUUAUUCCAAUGGCUCCAACGGUGGUGUUAAACGAGACGCCACUCCAUGAUUCACAAGCUUCGGAUUCGCCUAUGGAAUCCCCUAUGAGUGAAGACUCACCCAUUCAAAAGGAGCCGAGGCCUAUUGGGAGGAAGGCGUCGAAGGCAAAGAGAGGAAUUAAUUCUACGAGUAAUACCUCUAAAUUUUUGGAGGAAAUUGCAAGGCAAAGCGCCUUGAGAAUUGAAAUAGACAAGAAAGUCCAAGAAGAUGAUAGGGCAAUGGCAAUAGAAUUUGCUAAAGAAAGGGAGUAUCAACGCAAAGAAAACGAAGAAAAGAAGGAUCGGGAAACCAUGGCCAUGGAUACAAGCCACAUGUCUCCUGAAACAAAACAAUAUUGGAAGCUAGAACGAAAGGCUAUUAUGAGACGAAGACUUUUUCGUGAUGAUGGACCUAGCAAUACAUAUUGGUUAAAUGAUGAAAACCCUUAA